AUGGCAGCAGUGGGCGCCCAACCUCCCGGCGAGGGAGGGCAGCCGCCUGGCUCUCCUGGCUUCCGGGCGAAGUCUUUCUCUGACUUGUUCUCAUCUCCUUCCCAGCCUGGCUUGCUCGUUGAAGCAGCGGUCUCUACUCACCGUGGGGAACCAGCGAUUUCCUUUCCACGCGAUGCCAUUGAAGCUGCUGCCCAGCCGUUCCAGUUUGCUCUAGUGGGAAAGUUUUCUCGCACCAGACCUGCGAUGGCAGAUAUUAGAAAAUUCUUUUUGACACUUGACUUGAAAGGUUUUUAUUCCAUUGGCCUGCUGGAUGGUCGGCAUGUUCUGAUUAGACUCCAUAAUGAGGCAGAUUUUUUGCCCGUUUGGACGAGGAAUGUUUGGUAUAUCCACGGCGGUGCGAUGCGUGUGUUCAAAUGGUCUACUUCCUUCCAUGUAGACAAGGAAUCCUCAUUGGUUCCAGUCUGGUUUAACCUCCCUAAACUUCCAGUCCACUUAUUCGAUAAGAAGUGUUUGUUUCAGAUUGUGUCUUGCCUGGGGCGCCCUCUCUUCAUCGACGGCGCGACCGCUGGUCUUUCUAGACCGAGUGUUGCUAGGGUGUGCGUUGAAAUAGAUUUACUGAAGAUACUGCCUUCUCAUGUCUGGAUUCAAUUAGGUGAAGAUCAUGGGUUUUGGCAGUCGCUCAACCCAGAAUCGGUGCCGAAAUAUUGUAACCACUGCUUUCGUCAAGGCAAUAGCCAGUCCGAAUGCCAUGUAAAAAACCCAGAACUGCGGCCAGCUCGUGGGGAGAAGAAAGUGUUGGAUGAGGGGAUGGGGCAAUCGCCUUGCGCAGGUGAGUUGCGAGUGGAGCUUUGCGGGACUGGACCAGAGAAAAUUUCUGUUCAAGCGGGGGUUGCUCCAGGCCCCUUGGAACCAGCGGGGAAGGAGGAACCGACUGGGCAGCCUGCUGUGGCGAGCUCUGGGGAGGCCGCACUGGCUGAUGGAAGUGAGGAUCAGCGACGGGAGAUGGGGGAGAAGUUGUAG